AUGCGAUUCUUUGCCUCCCCUCCAGAGCGGCUACGCUGGAGCGUAGGUUCUAAUGCUUUGAAGAUAUGGGGACUUCUAUCGAUAUUGUCGUCUGUCAGCCAUGCAGAGAAGUCGCAAGCAGAUUAUUUCGUACACAGUUUACCUGGGGCUCCUGAGCCCCUCCUGAAGAUGCACGCAGGGCAUAUAGAAGUCACCCCAGAGCACCAUGGGAACAUGUUCUUUUGGCAUUGGCAGAACCGACACAUCGGAAACAAACAAAGGACAGUUAUAUGGUUGAAUGGUGGACCUGGAUGCAGUUCGGAAGAUGGUGCGCUAAUGGAAAUCGGACCCUACCGUGUUGGAGAUGAAUCGAAGGGCCCAAAACUGGAAUACAAUGAUGGCUCUUGGGAUGAAUUCGCAAACAUCAUGUUCGUAGACAACCCUGUGGGAACGGGCUUCAGUUUCGUGGAUACAGACAGUUACGUUCAUGAGCUACCGGAGAUGGCAAACCAGUUUGUUAAAUUUCUCGAAAAGUGGUUCGAGCUCUUCCCAGAAUAUGAGCACGAUGAUCUCUAUCUAGCUGGAGAGUCGUAUGCUGGCCAACAUAUUCCUUAUAUUGCAAAGGCGAUACUCGACAGAAACAAAGCAGGAGCGGCACACCCAUGGCAACUUAAGGGAAUGCUGAUUGGCAAUGGAUGGAUAUCACCAGAGGAACAAUACAAGGCUUACCUUUCCUUCGCCUACGAACGAGGACUGAUCGAGCGCGACAGCGAUACAGCCAAGAGAAUUGAAUCUCAACAAGCAAUAUGUUUGAAAGCAUUGGAAGAGCCCGGUGGAAAGGAUCAUGUGGACAACAACCAGUGCGAGCAGGUCCUUCAGGAUAUCCUAAGAGAUACCCAGGUGAAGGGAUCGGACGGCAAGAUGCAGUGUAUCAAUAUGUAUGACAUCAAGUUGAAGGAUAGCUAUCCUAGCUGUGGAAUGAACUGGCCUCCGGACUUGGACAAUGUUACACCUUAUCUUCGUCGGAAAGAUGUCUUGGAUGCCCUACAUAUCGACCCUGGAAAGCGGACUGGGUGGACUGAGUGUAAUGGUGGAGUCGGCAGUGCUUUCCGAGCCAGCAACUCCAAGCCUUCUAUUCAACUCUUACCCGAUCUCAUUGCUGAGGUGCCAACACUCUUAUUUUCUGGGGCUGAUGAUUUCAUUUGCAAUCAUAUCGGAACCGAGGAAUUGAUCAGUAACAUGCAGUGGAAUGGAGGCAAGGGGUUCGAGAUUUCACCCGGUACGUGGGCUCCCCGCCGCGACUGGGAAUUCGACGGCGAGCCAGCAGGAUUCUAUCAAGAAGCGCGAAAUCUAACUUACGUUUUGUUCUACAACUCUUCCCAUAUGGUUCCAUUCGACUAUGCCAGACGAACGAGGGACAUGCUAGAUAGGUUCAUGCAGGUCGACAUCGCAAGUAUCGGAGGGAUCCCGACAGACAGUCGCAUUGAUGGGGAGAAGGGACUCGAGACGUCAGUUGGAGGCCACCCGAAUAGCACCACCGCCGAGGCAGCUGAGAAGGAGAAGCUUGCAGCGGCGAAAUGGUCAGCCUACUACAAGUCCGGAGAAAUUGUGCUUGUUAUCGUCAUAAUUGCCGCCGCAGUAUGGGGAUACUACGUCUGGAAGGACCGUCGAGCGCGAGCUGGCUAUGCAGGUAUCUUCGGAGGGGACACACCAAUGUCGCUCGGCACUGGCAGGGGAGAAAGUGGUAUGGGUUUGGAGAAUUUCAGGAAUAAACGAGGUAAUAGGGAUAUUGAAGCGGCGGAUUUCGAUGAGAGCGAGUUGGAUGAGUUGCAUGUUAGGACUCCAACGGAAGACAUGGAGCAGGAGCGGUACAGCGUGGGCAGCGCCAGUGACGAUGAAGAAGUGGAGAAGCCUGGAAAUGGCAAUGUUAAUGGGAAGGGCAAACAGGAAGAGGGCGAGCUGAUCCAGUAG